UUUCUACUGGAAGAGGAAUCUAUUUGUGACAAGGUUUUACCUAAGAAUUUUAUUUAAACAAUAAAAAUAUUACUUAUCUUGUAGUUAUUUAUGUGUUUUCAGUGUUUUACUAGAUCCCAACUUUAAAAGAUACAAUAUUGUGGAAUAAAAACUGCAGCGACAGAAAAACCAUCAUGCGCACUUUAACUGUUCUCGUGUUAGUAUUGGUGUUGGUAGGACUGGGAUUGGGCCACAGAGGAAAAAAACGGGAAAAAUCUGGUUCUAAAGAUCCCGAAAGACAAGCAGCUAAGGCUGGAUGCGUCAGCAAGGGACUGUGCCCAGAUCGAGAAGCCAAGAAAGCAUUAUUCCGAAGCCAGUCACGAGAUUGUAAAAAUGCGAUCAGAUCAUGCAAACGAGGUGGAAUGGCGUCUUGCGAUCUUGAAACAAGUGGAUGCACUCCAGAUUUGAUUUCCACUUUCACAACUUGCAAAACUUGCAUUGGCGGGGCAGCAAGUGAAGAAUGAAUUGAAUUCACCGGCAGUUUCAAUUCCCUUUUCUUGAUUUGAGAGAAAAUUUACCGACCUUGCAGUGCCAUUUCUACAUCCACUACAUGCCAUAUUAUCAGUAUUUGCAAGCUUACUAAAAAAAUUACGAAUAAAUGAUGAAUUUGUUAAUAUGUUUGAAGUUUUCUAUUUUUGUUCUACUAAUUUCCUAUAAACACCUGUUAAAGUAAUUAAAUAUUCAUUUAAGAAGA